AGACACUUCACUUUAUAUUGCUAACGACUUUGCGACUUCGUUUUUUCCACGCCGUCCACUCGUUUAUCGGACGUACGCAUCUCUCACCACUCUCAUUUCGUUUUAUUCCGAGUCCUUUCUUGGUUUUCAUCGCUGACUUGCGACUAACCGAGAAACAAACUCGCAAACCCGACUGUUAUACCCAUUGAAAACCCAGCGGUUAUAGCCUCAAACCACACUGCUUUCAGUCACUUUUUCCGAACCUAGACCUUACCAAUUCCCGGAGAAAUGCCGGGGCUGUGACCUAUACGCACCUGCAUAUCACACAUUCCAGCAGUGAAUACCUCUCAUCCAAGCGCCCACCCCAGCAGCGUUCUCCGCAAUGAAUAUCUUUGGUGCCCGGCUGGCUUCGCAGCCACCUCUGUUCCUUGUCGGACUUCUGGCGACUCUGGUGAUACUUGUCCAGGUCAAUGGAGAUGAUACUACUACGACCAAUGCGCUUCCCGCGCUGACCACCACGACCACUGAUUCGACCUCGACUAGCACAGGUCUACCAAGAUUGACGGAGAGCACCAGCAACAGCAUCCCCAUUCCCACAGCUACCGUUCCCCCGACUUCGAAUGCGCCAUAUAUGCAACAGUCCAAAGUCCCCGAAGGUACAGUCUUUAUCGGAGUGGGUGCAGCUCUUGGAUUUAUUGGAUUCUCGUUGUUAGCAUGGCGAGCAAUGGUAGCAUGGUCGAUCAAUCGUUCCGUUCGCCGAGCAGCAUACGAACUUGCUCAAUCUGAAAAUAAGUCAUUAUUGCGUAACAAAAGGAGGUCCCGUCGUCACUCAACCCAUCGCAAAUCUCGUCGUGAAGCCCGUGGAACUUCGAUGUCAAUGGAUAAGCUUUCCAAGUCAGACCGCAUAAGCCACCUAUCAUCAACCAAGAAUCCUGCUUCUCAGAGCAAUCUCUUCUUCUCGCCAACUGCAGGCGCUGGAAGUCAUCAAUCAAUGAAUAGAGCAUCAACAUACCUUCCUGCAGGUUACUAUGCUGCUGGUAAUGCAACACUCGGAAGUCACAGUCAAGUCAACCUUGGACGCAGCCCGCCGGGGUCUCCUUCGUUACCCCCAAGCCGAGGCCACGAUGCGAACCGCUCAUCACAUCAUGUCGGAGCGUCAACUAGCACUCUUAAUUUGAACGUCCCGCCUCAGGGCAGAGCGCCGAGUGCGUACCUUGAAGAUCUUUUCGAUAGCCAUCCGCCUGCUCGGCCAACCGAUAGUGAGCAAUCUCGAUGAGGAAUAUCACUUGCUAGUGAUAUCCUGAUCCUCUUAUGCAUUGUGUUCGUUUCAGGGGUAUAGUAUAAAUCUGAAUUUUUAUGUUUUGUCCUUUAUAUUGUACUUGUUUUUAAUCUACUUGAAAGUUCACGGUUGGCGUUCCAUCUCUGUCUUGUCUAGGUUUCGGUAUCACACAGGGUGGUGUCGUAAGAUGCUUUGUAAAUAAUGAUUGUCCCAUUAUCUAUAGUUAAAUGGAAAUCUUUACUUGGAGAAUAUAUUGAUUUCGACAUUCGAG